AUGGAACGCUCCCUUUCCGGGAACUCGUCUGUGGUGGAGGCAGAUGAGGCCGAGGACCACCGCCCUCUGCUGCCUCCCAGAAUGGCCCCCCCGGCCCGGGCCUGCUCCCCACAGUGUGGGCUGCACCGCGCCCUGGUCCAGACGGCCGGCGUCCCGUCCAGCGGGUGGCCGGACGGGAGCCAGCCCCCGGCCGCCGCUCCUAUAUACAACGGUCACCUUUACAUCAGCCCGUCCCCUCGCCCCACCAGGAAGGACAAGGCCAGAGGCAAAGAGAGGAGGUGUGAGAAAAGGCCAAGCAGGCCAAAGCCGGGACAGAAGGAGCCGAAUAAGCCGCGGGGGCCCAAAAACGCAGGAUCCCACCGGCUCCAGGAGAGGGUCACGUCUUUCACCGAUGUGCCCGUUUCCCCCAGAGCGUCCCCCCUCCCGGGCCCCCUCAGGUCCCGCCUGGAGGCCGGGGGGGGGCGCCAUGCACUGGACGACGUCUCUCUGGAGAUGCGCCGCCGGCAGAGUGUCCCGGAGAUAGUCGUCACCAGCAGGGACGAGGGCCUCCCGCCGGGGGGGGCGGCCAGGGGCCCCAGCCCGGGCCCCAGCCCCCAGCACAGCCCCAAACGCCAGCAGGACGCCAGGAAUGACCCGUACUGGAGGAGCCACAACAUCGGCUGGCGGCUGCUGCGGCGGCGGGCUCUGUUCCUGAGGAGGCAGCGGCUGAACGACGGCGCCCUGGCCGUGGGCAUGUUCGGCGUGGUCAUGAUGGUGAUGGAGACCGAGCUCUCCUGGAGCGUCUACAGCAAGCUUUAUGUUCACGACAUCGGUGCAGAGGACUGGCGGAUUGCCAUGACAACCAACCGCCUGGCUCUGAUAGCCUUGGAGCUGGCGGUGGCCGUGGUCCACCCGUACCCGGUGGGGCUGCUGGCGUACGUCCAGCGGAGGCCGGCCGGCGCCUCGCUGUCGGAGACGGAGCUGGAGAUCGUGCUGGCUCUGCCCAUGUUCCUGCGCCUCUACCUGCUGGGCCGGGCCGCCAUGCUGCACAGCCGCCUCUUCACCGACACGGCCUCCCGCAGCAUCGGGGCGCUCAACAAGAUUCACUUCAACAGCCGCUUCGUGGGGAAGACGGUGAUGACGACCUACCCCGGGACGGUGCUGAUGGCGUUCAGCGUCUCCCUGUGGAUCGUGGCGGCGUGGGGCCUGCACGUCUGCGAGAGACAUCACAACUACAGAGACCUGAGCAGCAACUACAUGGAGGCCCUGUGGAUGGUGUCCGUGACCUUCUUGUCCAUCGGCUAUGGGGACGUGGUCCCUCACACCUACUGCGGCCGCAGCAUCUGCCUGCUCACUGGGAUAAUGGUGAGGCUCGGGGGCGAGUGGGACCGGCUCCAGAAACCCUCACCCCCCGCGCGAAUAACAGGCCGAACUCCCGUCUGUCAGGGAGCGGGCUGCACGGUGCUGGUGGUGGCGGUGGUCGCCAGGAAGCUGGAGCUGACCAGGGCCGAGAAACACGUCCACAACUUCAUGAUGGACUCCCACAUCUCAAAAACGUUAAAAAUUGCUGCAGCAAAUGUGCUGAGGGAGACUUGGCUCAUCUACAAGUACACUAAGCUGUCAAGAGAGAGAGACCCCACCAGAGUCCGCAUGCACCAGCGGAAGCUGCUCCUGGCCAUCGACCAACUGCGGAGGGUGAAGAUGGAAAAGAGAAUCCUGGCAGAUCAAGGCAGCACGCUGGUGGACCUCUGCAAGGUGAGCGAGGCAAGUGGGGGGGGGGGCCUAACCGCACUUCCUAUGCAGAGCCUGGUGUACGACGUGCUGUCCGAGGUGCAGGGCUGCAGGGGGGAGCUGGACACGCACAUCCACGGCCUGGAGAAGCACGUGGAGGAGCUGAGGAAGGGCUUCAAGAGCCUCAUGCCCCUCCUCUCCAGCACCCUGUCCACGCAGAACUCCUCCAUCCGCCACCUACUCAGGGAGAGGGAGGUGAAGAACGAGUGCUUUAGCGGGACGGCAGCAGAUUAGUGGACACCACGGGCUGCCCGUGGGGGUCUGCCUGAUGCAACCACAGCCGUCGUGUGUAAGAACGGAAGGAAAAUGAGAUGAGGUCGGGCAGAUGGAAUUUUACUCUAACAUAUGUACACCCAGGAUGACGUUUGGUCGCUGUUCAGAAGGUGUCGACAAUAAAAGCAGUUAAAAAACAAACCAAACUUUUGUUUAGCCAAAACAAAAUUU